GAAAAAGUCCUGGAGGCCCACCCAGCCUGCCACCACUGAUGCUCUUACAUGAGAAAGAUAGACCUUCUGUGAACUUGUCCUGUUGGGAACCACAUCCUCAAUCUAAUCCCCAAGCCAGAAUCAUCAAAGUGAGCUAAAAUCAUCCUAGACAGUCAGCAAGCUGCAAGAUAGGGUGUGCUCUUCAGCAGUCUUUCCUUUACUUCCACAGGAUGAUUCCCCGCCCCUCCUUGCCAGUUCCCUAGGCAGACCCUUCCCCCUCCCAAGCCUCCUCCCUUCCUCAAGGGAACAUGACCCUCCUUAUAGAAUAUAAUUAUCCAUGUUGUCUGUCAAACUGGAUUUUUUUGUUUUGAACAUCAGCCCAUGACUGUAAUUAUGAUAGGUAGUAAGAAACCAUUUUUGUCAGCUCCAGACUCUGAAACUGGCCACUUAUCCAUAAACGUUACCAGGAAUAGGUCUUCCAGAGGGGUCCUGGAUGGUUAACUAAACAUGAAAGAAGAACAUUUUCUUUCACCGCCGAACUUGACUAGAGAACAGUGUGCAAUGAUUUCAAGCUGUGCCCGUGAGCACAGUUCUACACAAUCGCUCCCCCAUCCCCCUGCCUCUUUUUCUUUCUUUUUUCUUUUUUUUUUUUUGUUACUUAAACAAGUGGUUAUCCGUUAUGGUGUUGACAUAGGAAAAAGCCAAAAUGCUGGCAACAGAAUCAAAGCGACAGUGCCACAGGCAGCUCUGUGUGCACAUGGUUUGGUUACUUGAAUGCAUAGGCUUGCUUUUUCACUUCCUCCUAUUUUGGUCCCGCCUUCUUAGUGCAUCUUCCUGAGAAUGUUUUUUAAAAGAUAAGGAAAAUAUAUUGCCUGUGCUGCAAGCUGUCUUUAGUGUCUGUUCCCUUUUUCAUGCCUCACAGGUCUGGGUCCUCCUAACUUCUCUAUUGCUUGGUGAGUCGCUUUGCUUUCCCUGGCGUUGCCCGGCCUCCCGUGAAUCCUAUGCAGACCCCACUCCCAGCCCUCUUCCCAGCGGAGGCAGUCGGUCGGCCAGCCUGGAGGCACUGAGCAGCCGCCAGAGCCAAGGAUCCGGGAUCCAGGACCUCGGAUCCUGCCAGUCACCUUGCCCGGCCCCCCUCCGCUCUCCGCCUGGUCGCCCAAGACACUCACCACGUGACAGUCCACCUCCUGGCAGCUCGCAGACUCUCGCCCUGGGACAUCCCAGGCGCCACCCUCGGGACAGGGUAGAGGCAGCGGCUACGGCCUUUGGGGCACAGGUCCACGGAGGACACUGGAGCGCAGUCUGGAUGUGGCAGCCAAGCGGCCACUCCUGUAGCCGUGGGAGACCUGGGCCGAUCAAGCCCCGGGUGCGCUCUGCAGGCCGGCAGGGGGCUCUGGAUUUCGGUCCCUCCCCUUUCCCUCUGGGUCUCCGGAUCACUCCUGCUCUCAGAUCCUCUUCCUGCCAGGUACCGGCCUGCGGGAGAGGAGGACGCGCCUCUCCUCCAGGCACCUACCAUGGGCAAUACCUCCAGUGAGUCCCGGCGGCGGGAGAGCUGCGAUACUCGAGAGUGGCUUCUCUCGGGCGAAAGCCCAGCCAUCAGCUCCGUGAUGUUUUCGGCUGGGGUGUUGGGAAAUCUCAUCGCACUGGCGCUGCUGGCGCGCCGCUGGCGGGGGGACUUGGGGCGCGGCGCCGGCCACGGGAACUCCAUCUCGCUGUUCCACGUGCUGGUGACAGAGCUGGUGUUCACAGACUUGCUCGGGACUUGCUUCAUCAGCCCCGUGGUGCUGGCUUCUUAUGCUCGGAACCAGACCCUGGUGGCACUGGCGCCCCAGAGGCGCGUGUGCACCUACUUUGCCUUCUCCAUGACCUUCUUCAGCCUGGCCACUAUGCUCAUGCUGUUUGCCAUGGCCCUGGAGCGCUACCUAGCCAUUGGGCACCCCUACUUCUACCAGCGCUGGAUUACUCACCGCGGCGGCCUGGCUGUGCUGCCCGCCAUCUACACCGUCUCACUACUCUUUUGCUCCCUGCCGCUGCUGGACCACCAGGAUUACGUCCAGUACUGCCCUGGGACGUGGUGCUUCAUUGGGCACGAACAGAGCACUUACCUGCGGCUUUAUGCCACCCUGCUGCUGCUCCUCAUCAUCGCAGUGCUCGCCUGCAACUUCAGUGUCAUCCUUAACCUCAUCCGCAUGCACCGCCGUGGCAGGAACAGCCGCUGCGGACCCUCCUUGGGCAGCAGUCGGGCUGGCCCUGGCAGCCGCAGGAGAGGGGAAAGGGUAUCAGUGGCGGAGGAGAUGGACCAUCUCAUUCUUCUGGCUAUCAUGACCAUCACCUUCGCUGUCUGCUCCUUGCCUUUCACAAUUUUUGCAUAUAUGAAUGAAACCUUUUCCCGAGAAGAAAAGUGGGACCUCCAAGCUCUUAGAUUUUUAUCAAUUAAUUCAAUAAUCGACCCUUGGGUCUUUGCCAUCCUGAGGCCUCCUGUUCUGAGACUCAUGCGUUCAGUCCUCUGUUGUCGGGCUUCAUUAAGAACACAAGAUGCAACACUAACUUCCUGUUCUACGCACUCAAAUGCCAGUAAAUCGGCUGACCUUUGAGGAUGCUGGUUAAGAAGUACUUAGUUAGCCAGCACAAUCAUUUUGAAACGAUUCCUUGGAGAAAUGGAAAAAAGUUUGUUUAUAAACACAAUGAAGCUACCCUAAUAAAACAGAGUAAACAAGUGUUUCAGCAGUGGUUUGGGCUGCAGACAUGCUGACAGGCCACUUCAUGGCAGGUGACAGGAGGAUCUGUAAAACCUGUCCUCGGUGGCCUUUAAGAGGAACAACCAUCUGCAUUUAAAACUCAGUGCCUUUUGAUUUCAGCUUUCCUGUCGAAUGAGAAAACAUGUGGUUUUGUAAUUUGUUUAAAACCCUAAAUAGUUACGUGUUUUCUGUUUUAAUCUGCGAGGGUAGUACCAUUAUAAACAUACAGUGUACAGUCAGACCAGACAAAACUUCUUAUGUAUUCUCUAGGAAGUGGAUAUGUGGAAGCAACCAAGCCUGGUGUCCUGUGACUGCUUAACAAACCUUCUUCCUUUGGGCAGUGAGUUUGAAAAUCAGAGGUGCUUUGUACUGUGUGUUUGUGUAUGUGGGGAUAUUCUCUCAUCAGGACAGUAUAACUCGUAGAAGAGUAGGCUUGGUUGGUUAAUGUCGGCUUUCUCACCAGGCCACCAGAAGCCGUGUGUCAUAGUGUCAGGUUAUUUAUUUUAUAAUGUCCAUCGUGCUAGUAGUAACCAAGAAGACGUUAGGAAGUUUCCUCUCAACAGUAAAUAGCAGAGUGUUAGGAGAGGUAAUUCUGAUUAAUACUCUUCAUUCUAUUUCAAAGAAGGGUAUAUGUGGCUUUGUCUGAAACCAGAUAUUAGAAUUAUAAACUUAAAAAAUCUGGUCAGUUCUUCAGAUACACUGGAACUCUUUUAAUGCUAAUGUUGAGGCCGUGGCAAACAUCUUUUUAGGAUGUGUUGUAGCAAAAUUCAUCUGUCUGUAUUUUUAUCUGGGAAACAUGGCCUGACUCAUACUGUAUAGGAAAUCAUGUAAUAGUGAGUCAUGUCUUAAUAUAUUUCUAGAUCUAAUGUUUGGUAUGGUAUAAACUCAGCAUCAAAAUAUUCCAGUGAACUUGCACUGUUUAAUUAUAGCUUAGUUACAGUGUAAACUCAUCUGAAAUGUUACAAAAUAAACUAUAAAACAAAAAUGUGAAAAUGGAAUAGUAUUUGAUGAAUCCCUCCCAAUAACAUUUUAUAAUUAGUGUAGAUGUAAUCAUUUUUAAAUGAAAUAAAAGUGGAAAUUUUUUAUUUAAUUUGGCACCUUUCAAAUAAGAGUUUAAAAUAUUCAAUAUAAUACUUAGUAUUAGAUGUGUUUUGUUUGCUUUUUCCCCUUACGGCAUGAUCGUCAAAAUAGUGGUCACUUUCUUUUUCUUUUCUUUCUUUUUUUUUUUUCUUUUUUUGCAAUGAGUGUUAUUACAGCAUAGCUGAUAUUAAAAAAACCCAAAAGAAGAAGAAUUUUUUUCUAAAGUCUCAUUGACUUGCUUACAUAAAACUAUUUUCUAUAAGUAGUUAUCAGAUUAGAUAAUCACUUAGGAGUGAUUCCUUACCAAUCUAGAAAUCAGUGUAUUUUGACACAGUCUAUGUCCAAUCAGCCCUUAUUUUAAAAAGGAUAAAUAAAUGGUUCGCUUUUCUACUAAUUCAAACAAACCAGGCAAAAGUUACUUUAGCUAAACUCUGGACGUGUAAAUAAAUCUUCCUGUCCACUAAGCACACUGGAGUUAAGAAAUUGUUCUAAAUAGGACUAAUUAGGGUCAUAGGUAAUUCCUAAACAUAAAGUUCUGAAGUUACUUCAAAUCUAGAACAUUAAUUUCUUUUGUCAGAUGACUCUUUUUUUCCCCCCAAAUCAAAAUGUUAACUACAACCAUUCACCCUAUCUUACUACCCCCCAAAGUUCUCAAAUAAUGCCUGAGAACCUUUUUUAAAAAGUGCAAACUUGGGCAUAAUGUCACUAGUGGAAACAAAAGUAUUCAUUCUGUGGACCCAAAAUAUAAGAGUUUAAGCCAUUUAAGAACUGGUAAAUUUCAAGAGCUUCAUUUUGUAGUGUACUCCUGUUUCUUGCACUGUGUGAAAUGCUAAAUCCUAUUAUUUCAUUUGCACUGAUGUUUACAUAGAAUAGGAAUUGAAGGUUAGAAUAGGAAAUCUAAAUCCUAUUAUUUCAUUUGCACUGAUAUUGACAUAGAAGGAAUUGAAGGUUAAAAUCCUAUGUAAUAGUUAAUCACUUACUAUUAAUGGAAAUUUCAAGGUAAUAGAAAAAAUUAUUUAGAUUUGAUAUGAAAAUAUUCCCUUAAAAAAUCAUAUCAGUCAUACCUGUUUAAGUUUACCGAUUCGUUUCCAGGUUAAAACACAGAACUUAACCUACAUAUCAGAGAGCUGAAUUGUGAUGAAGGAAGACAUAGAUUUUAUUAUUUUCCCUGGAUAAUCAAUGGAAUGAAAACAGAGAAGAAAACUAUACUGGAUAUUCAACUCAUAAUACCAGCCCUAACUUCAGGUGUCCAGAAAUGGGGUGGCCAAGGUAAUCUAUUCUGAGCUGACGUGUUCCUGGAUGGUUCACUGUGGUCAUCUUUCCCAAGAGAAACCUGGGGACACUAAAUUGUGGCCUUGAAUCUCCAGAGGUCCUGAUAAGGCCUGAGUUUGCUUAGAAACUAUAAACAGCCUCCAAAAAGCCAGCAUCUCAAAGUGGUCUGGUCGCAAGACAACCUAGAGCCAGACCAAAGCUCUAGAAACAGCGCCAACCCCAAGCCCCCAUGCUGGCAGAGGCCGCAGGCCCUGGACCCUGAAUUGUGGGCUGGGAGAGGGCACAUCUGACCCACAUCACUAUGUUCUCAGUGUGAAAUUCAGUUUAUCUCUUGGGGCCUCUGCCUGGUCACGAUAGCACUUUGAAAAAAAGACUGCCCUCAUGCUAAUGGAACGUCAGCUCUGCUUUGAACCAAGAGAAAGCAACAUAUUCAAGUUUAGAAUUUGAUGACUUUGAAAGGCAGGGGAAGGCAGUUAGCUCACACUAAGUAGAGAUUUGUUUACUUCACUUAGCCAGAUCUAAUGGUCUAAGCCAGAUCUAAUGGUUUUCUGGAUUUGGGAAGAGCCCCUAUUGAGUCAUUCACAGAUAGAGAAACAGUCUUCCCCACAAAUGGUAAUUUAUAUGACAAACUUCUGCCUUUCUCAAACACAACUCCAUUGGAAUUACUCUCUGAGUGCACAUUUAAACAUACCUCCAAUCAUUAUACUAACAGCAUUAUAAUUGAUUUUUUUUAAUUUACAAAGCAUUGGAUCGCCUGAAAUACACACUAUGGAAAUAAUUGUUAUAUUAGCAUUUCACUGAAGCUAUCAUCUAAUUUAUGCAUGGGAGUAAGGCCAUGUAUUGGGCAUUAAUUUUUAUUUCAGAAAGGUACUUUUUCUGGUAGCUUUUGUGAUUUGUUAUUGUAAGUAAAUUUUCUUAAUUAUAUUUUUGUAUUUCCUAUAAAAUGUAUAUAUUAUUAAAGGUCAGUGGGGUGGUUUAA